AAAAAUCAAAUAAAUUAUCGUCUUUGGGUAUCAUCAGUGACGCUAUUUGUAAAUAAAUUUGCAUUUAUUAUGUCUGAACUGGUGAAGAAUGCCGCGGAGAGGCAAGGUGACUGUUAAGAGAAGAGAAGACGACUACAAACUACGACAGUCGUUCGCGAGAUGCCGAUACAAUAAUAGUAGCGCAAAACUUUCUAAAAUGAAUUAUUUAACGUGCACUGUACACACUGUGAUAUUAAUUUUAGGAUAUUUUCUUAUUACUGACGGAUACGAGCAGAAAUCCCGAGUUAAAAGGCCAAGAGCUUCAGAUCCAACAGAGGAGUCCGACAACAACGUAGGAAAUGAUUACGACGAAAGAAAUAACGCCCUAGAUACGAAAUAUGUUCCUCCAGGGUUUUUGAGUCCCUCAGUUUUAGAAUACCUCGAACUGGGAAAAUCUAUUCCUGGGCGUCCUGGUACUGAUUAUCCAGUGUUGGGAAAAGUACCCUACACCAAUUUCUACUGCGACGAACAACAAUAUCCAGGAUUUUAUGCCGACGAAGAAACGCGCUGUCAAACAUGGCACUAUUGUGACAUCGACGGCCGUCAAACGACGUUUUUAUGUCCCAAUGGUACUCAAUUUAAUCAAUUAGUCUUCGCUUGUGAUUGGUGGUUUAAUGUUCGAUGUGACCUAAGUUCAAAGUUAUACAUAAUCAACAGCAGAUUAUAUGGCAGGCCAAAACUAGAUCCGACUCGACCUCAUCGAACUAUCACUAAGCAGCUGCUGGAAGAAAUUUUUAAUGACGAGGAAUGACUAAGAAGCCAUUGAUAAAUUAAAAAGUAAAGAAAAAAACAACAAAAAAAGUCCCCAUAGAGGGAUCAUUUAAAUUUUUUGGAGGUUAUAAAAAAAGAACGCAACUGUGAUUUCAUUUGAAUUUUCAUAAAAUCGUUUGUUCUAAUCAUUAAAUUUUGUUUGAAGGGUAAAGUGUACAAUUGUAGGUUUUCAAUAGUUACUUUUAAUUUAAGAAAAAACGGAACAGUAAAUUAGGGAUUAGUAAAAGUAUUGUUGCUUUAUACAAAGGUUAAUGAAACAAACAUAUGCAAUAAAAACGAUAAAAAAAAUAGUUAAUAUUGUCAACAUAAUUAUGCACUGUUCCAAAAUUGAUUGGUUAAAAGAUAAAUAAGUAUGUCUAAGUAGUAUUAUAGUUAAGUAUGUAAGUGUAAAAGUGUAAAACUUUAGUGUUAGAAAUAUUAUAUUUCAUAAUCAAACUUGAAUAAGCGUGACAUCCUAGUCAGCUUGAUAACAAUCUAAAAGCAGUUGAAUUUUAAGAAAUCCAUGUUUUAUAUAAUAGGUAUAUAUUUUUGUAAAAAUAUACGUAUGUGCCUGUAUAGUGGUUAUUUUUGUAAUGUUUUUUCAGUAUUUAUUAUAAAGUACUUAAAUUUU